AUGAGCCUGGCCUUGCAUAACCGCGACGUGGGUAUCACCGGCGCGAUUGCCCUGCUGCAGCUGCCCUGUGAGUGCACCGAGCCCUCGGCCGGAAGCAGACAAGACAUGAGCCCUGUUCCGCAGCAAGCGACGUCAAACUACCACGACGCGCAACAGGUCCAGCCUCUUGACUACUCUGAGCCUUGUCUCAGUCGCGGCAUCCGAGGGAUCGAGACCCUUUCUCGGGAGACGCGGAGCUCUUACCCGCGCAGCCUCGAAAUCAACCUCGCGACUCUCAAGACAAGGGCUGGCAAGAGGUUGAAGGACAUCAAGGAGCUGCGCAACGCCGAGGCCAUUGGCUCAGCCUGA